AUGUCGGCAAAUGGUGAACUUCGGCUCAAGCGAAGAACAAGCCCAGGAUCAGCUCUAGAGAGACCCAAGAAGCAGUUGAAACAAGAAAACGGUGUGCCUACGCCCGGCGACGCGACGCCCCAGAAUGGGUCCGUGUACGACAUUGAGGCCGACUCGAACUCGAUUCCAAUCAUCAACACCGUACCCACUGCAGGAGACUCUCCCGAGUGGCAGGCUACCAUCGAAAGAGUCAUCAAGAGUGUUGUGUCGAUCCACUUCUGCCAGACAUGCUCGUUUGACACGGACCUCUCGCUGUCGUCUCAAGCUACUGGGUUUGUGGUGGAUGCGGAGAAUGGCUACAUCAUGACCAAUCGCCACGUCGUCUGCGCAGGGCCAUUCUGGGGUUACUGUGUGUUUGAUAACCACGAGGAAUGCGACGUCAGACCUGUCUACCGCGACCCUGUCCACGAUUUUGGUAUUCUGCAGUUCGAUCCGAAAGCCAUCAAGUACAUGCAAGUUCAGGCAUUGAAGCUGCAGCCGGAAUCCGCAAGGGUUGGCGUGGAAGUCAGAGUAGUGGGCAACGAUGCCGGAGAAAAGCUCAGUAUCUUGUCAGGAGUGAUCAGCCGACUGGACCGCAAUGCCCCCGAGUACGGCGAAGGCUACAGUGAUUUCAACACAAACUACAUUCAAGCAGCAGCAGCAGCGACUGGUGGAAGCUCAGGAAGUCCUGUUGUCAACCUGAGUGGAAAUGCGGUUGCUUUGCAGGCGGGAGGCCGUGUUGAUGGCGCUGCUACUGACUAUUUCCUCCCUCUUGACCGGCCAUCACGUGCUUUACAAUGUCUUCAACAGGGACGACCCAUCACGCGAGGAACGAUCCAGACUCAAUGGAUGUUGAAGCCUUUCGACGACUGCCGCAGGUUAGGCCUCACGCCUAAUUGGGAGUCGGCUGUUCGAAAAGCCCAUCCAAAUGAGAACAGCAUGCUUGUUGCCGAGAUUGUGCUACCCGAAGGUCCUGCGGAUGACAAGAUUCAGGAAGGCGAUGUUUUGAUCAAGGUCAAUGGGAAAUUGUUGACGUCCUUCGUUGAGCUCGAUGAUAUUCUUGACUCCAGCGUUGGUGGGAAAGUCGACCUGCUCUUCCAGCGUGGCGGAGAGGAUCACGAGGUCACACUUAAUGUGGGAGAUUUGCAUGCAAUUACCCCGGAUCGAUUUGUCACCGUGGCUGGCGGUAGCUUUCACAACCUGUCCUAUCAACAAGCUCGAUUAUAUGCCAUUGCCUGUAAAGGGCUGUACGUGUGCGAGGCUGCUGGUUCCUUCAAGAUGGACAAUGCUCUCUCAGGAUGGAUCAUCGACACGGUCGACCAGAAGCCUACACCAGAUCUCGAUACCUUCAUCGACGUCAUGAAGACUAUUCCCGACCGGUCACGUAUUGUCAUCUCCUAUCGGCAUAUCAGAGAUCUUCAUACGCGAGCAACCACCAUCGUCCACAUCGAUCGGCAUUGGCAUCCAAAGAUGAGGUUGUCCACGAGGAAUGACCAAACGGGGCUGUGGGACUUCACGAAUCUUGGAAAGGCACUGCCCGCGGUUCCGCAGGUUGCAAAGUCCGCAGACUUUAUCCAGCUUGAUGGCGUCAAUUUGCCAGCGGCGGCUGACAUCGUCCGCUCGUUUGUUAAGGUCUCAUGCUAUAUGCCUGUCAAGAUUGAUGGGUAUCCUCAAGCUCGUAGGACGGGUUUUGGACUGGUGAUUGAUGCGGAAAAAGGCCUGGUGGUGGUUUCUCGAGCUACCGUGCCGUACGACCUUUGUGACAUUACUGUGACUGUCGCCGAUUCGAUACAAACAGAGGGCAAGGUUGUAUUCCUCCACCCACUGACGAAUUACACAGUCAUACAGUACGACCCGUCCUUGGUCCACGCACCAGUACAGACCGCCAAGUUGUCAACCGAGAUGAUCAAGCAAGGUGCAGACACGAUUUUCGUGGGCUUUAACCAGAAUCACCGGAUUGUAGUAGCCAAGACCACGGUUACAGACAUUACGGCGGUGGGCAUACCUGCUAAUGCAGCAGCGCCUCGUUAUCGUGCUGUCAAUCUCGAUGCUAUUACUGUUGACACAGGAUUGUCUUCCCAAUGUUCGUCAGGCGUCCUAAUUGGUGCCGAUGGCGUGGUGCAAGCUUUGUGGUUGACAUACAUGGGCGAGCGGAGCCAAGGCAGUCACCGGGAUACUGAGUAUCAUCUGGGUCUUGCGACGAGCAUGAUAAAGCCGGUGGUGGACCAGAUACGAUCUGGUGCCAUACCCAAACUUCGAAUCUUGAACAUGGAGUCGUAUGUGGUACAGAUGGCACAAUGUCGGAUUAUGGCUGUCUCGGAAGAAUGGAUCUCGAAGGUGGCCAAGGCCAACCCAGCGCGGCACCAGUUGUUUAUUGUCAGGAAAGUGGACUGUGGUCCUGCGAACGGACCAAGCGACGGACAACUGCUCCAGGAGGGUGAUAUUAUCCUCACGCUGAAUGACCAACUCAUCACUCGAGUCAGUGACUUCGAUAUAAUGUACGACAAGGCAUGGCUCGAUGCUCUGGUGGUCCGGCAGGGCGAAGAAAUCCGACUCCGAGUUCCAACAGUACCCACAGAAGACCUGGAGACGUCAAGAGCUGUGGUCUUUUGCGGCGCUGUUUUACAGAAGCCUCACCACGCUGUCCGCCAGCAGAUCAGCAAGCUCCAUUCGGAGAUUUAUGUGAGUGCCAGAAGCCGAGGGUCCCCAGCCUACCAAUAUGGACUGGCGCCGACCAACUUCGUGACUCAUGUCAAUGGAAUUAAAACCCUGGAUUUGGAUGCUUUUGUGAAGGAAGUGAGUAAGAUCGAGGACAACACAUACUUCCGCCUCCGAGCAAUGACGUUUGAUAACGUGCCCUGGGUGGUGACGAUGAAGAAGAACGAUCAUUAUUUCCCCAUGUCUGAAUACCUCAAAGACCCUUCCAAACCCAAUGGCUGGAAGGUCAUCUCCUAUGGGUUGAAGGGCACAAAAACCAAAGGUCAAGAAGGAGCUCCCAUAACUGCGGAUGCGAUGAGUGCUGAAGAUGAUGGCAUGAGUGAAGGUGAAGAAGCUCCAGAGGAUGUCAACAUUAGAUCAAGGCUCUGA